AUGUUCACUGUUCGACAGGCAAUCGGGAAAGGCCUCGGGGUCUUUGCUUCGAGACCAAUUCUCACAGGUCAAAGAAUCCUCACAGACCAAGCUCUACUCACAAUCACAUCCUCAGAUAGCAACUCGAUCCUGCGACAAGCCCAACUUCUCUCAACAACUGGCCGGGACUCAUUACUCUCAUUAUCAACCAAUCCCAGCAAGUCAAGCGUCUUCAGCUGGCUAGAGUCAAUAUGGCGAAGCAAGUCUGCUCCACAAGACACAGUGUCUAACCACACCAUUCUCAAUAUCUUUCGGAACAACAACUUCAACAUUGGCAACCAGACCCAAGCGCUCUUUCCUCAAGUUGCGCGCUUGAACCACUCAUGUGUCCCUAACGCGCAAGGAAACUUCAACAAGGACUUGAACGCAUUCACCAUUCACGCUACCAGAAACAUUGAGCCGGAAGAAGAAAUCACAAUCUCCUACCUCGACGAACAUCUGGGCCUGCGGCAAUCCCGACAGACCGCGUUGCAUGAUGGGUACGGCUUCACUUGUGGAUGCUCUGCCUGCAGUCCGACGACCUCGUCAGAAGCCGGCGAGGUGCGCCGGGCGGAGAUUCAGCGCAAGCUGGAGCUCUUCGCCGAAGCUGCUUCUGAGGAUCCGGAGGACGAGUUCAUGAUGAUGCUUGCGCUCUUGGACGCUCACGAGGCGGAGGCUAUCCGCGGACGGGAGGUCUCGACGAUGUAUAUCGCUACCGCUCGCAAAGCGUUUGACUUGGGAAAGAGAGAGGAAGGAUGCGAGCUGGCGUUGAAGGGCCUGCAGCUCGAGAAGGAGGCUGUGGGUGAUGACAGCCCUUUCUAUGCUGCUACUCUGGAGGCAGUACAAGCACUGGGGGUUGAGAAUUAA